UUACAACUGAAGACUUUGGCGCUGUGUUUGUUUGUUAUGUUAUUUACGUUAUUUGAAGACAUGAAAACAAUAAUAGUGGUGAUCUGACAAUAUCUUUUAAUGUGAAGAGCAAUGUCGACGGACUCGUAUGCUAGCUUUAAUGAGCAAUAUAUAAAAAUCAACUCAAAGAUGAAAAAGCGGUUUAUGAGGAAGCCAAAUAUCUUUGAAGCUAUAAAUGAGUUCAUAGCUUUAGCUAUACAGUGCGAACAUUCUGACCAGCCAGCAUUCGCUGGGCAUGCUUAUGUCGGUGCGGCGAAGUGUGAAGCCUCUGUGGGCCACUUACUGAGCGAGGCUGAGAACUUCCUCGCCGCCGCCAGGCAAUUUAUGAAAGCCGAAAAAAAGUUGAAGUCACUAAAUUUUUUUUAAGUGGAGAUAGAGAGAAUUUGGAGUUAUUGCAGGUAGCUGAGUGUUUCAUUUAAGCACUAAGUACCCUGAGAAGUCACCAAUAAGGACAUCAAUUUUUGUGGAGCUAGCCAAUAAACUGACCGACUUGAACCACAAGAUGGAUUCCGCAUCAUACUAUGAGCAGGCAAUAGAAACUAUCACAGACAUCAUGUGUUUGAAGAUCAUGCUGAAGGUCUGACCCUCUGAAGAUCAUGUGUUUGAGGAAGCUGUUGAAUCUUAGGGUUGACUGUGGGCAAUACAAUAUUGCUUUAGAAAUUGCUAACAAGAUAUAUGUGACUCAAAUGUAAAUGUACCUGAAGAAAUUCUUGCAGAAGUGGAGGUGAUUUGAAUUCUUCUCGCCCUUCUUGUAAAGCCCCUGAAGACACCAAGCCGCCUUCGUUCAAGCAGCUCCUCAUAGAUCUCAUGAAUUACUGUGACACUGAUACAAUGUCGACGGACCUGAAUGCUAGCUUUAACGAGCAAUAUAUGAACAUCAACACAAAGAUGAAGAAGCGCUUUAUGAGGAAGCCAAAUAUCUUUGAAGCGACAAAUGAGUUCAUAGCUUUAGCUAUACAGUGCGAACAUUCUGACCAGCCAGCAUUCGCUGGUCAUGCUUAUGUCGGUGCGGCGAAGUGUGAAGCCUCUGUGGGCCACUUCCUGAGCGAGGCUGAGAACUUCCUCGCCGCCGCCAGACAGUUCAUGAAAGCCGAAAAAAAGUUGAAGUCGCUAAAAUUUUACAGUGGAGAUAGAGAGAAUUUGGAGGCAGCUAUAGGGUGUUUCAUUCAAGCACUAACUAAGUACCCUGAGAAGUCACCAAUAAGGACAUCUAUAUUGAUGGAGCUAGCCAAUGACCUGACAGAGCUGAACCACAAGAUGGAGGCUGCAUCAUACUAUGAGCAGGCAAUAGAAACUGUCACAGAGAGCACUCUGAGGAUCAUGUGUUUGAGGAAUCUCUUGAAUCUGAGGGUUGACUGUAAGAAAUAUGAUAUUGCUUUAGAAAUUGCCAACAAGAUAUGUGACUACAGUGUAAAAGUACCUGAAGAAGUUCUUGCAGAAGUGCAGGUAACUAGAAUACUACUGACACUUCUUGUGAAGCCACCAGAGGACAGUAAACCUCCUUCCUUGAAGCAGCUGUUCAUAGAUCUCAUGAAUGACAAUGAAACUGAUACUUUACCAUUAAACACGGACUUAAGACUGAAGCUGCAGUCUCUAAUCCUGUGCCAGACGACCGGCGACACCCACUCCAUCAUCAGCGUCGCCGCAGACACCAAGCAGUUCCUCACCAUGCAGCAGGUUGAGUUGCUGCACACGUUGACCUCAGACGACAAGCUACUAUAGUUGCGUUGUUGGUAUAUUCAGUUUUUGUGAAAAGAUGUGUGAGGUGUAUGAGUGUGUUGAUGAUAGAAUACACAGAGAAAGCUGUAAUUGGUUGUAGAACAUGUAACCUAGUAU